AUGCUGCAACCUUCCAUAUAUCCCGAGGAUUAUCCAUCAUUGAGCAAACUCGAGCAUCUCCGAGAGGAGUCAAAAUGGCUAGGACAGGCAGAAAACUUUCGUCGAGCACCACUUACCACAUUUUUCCACCGCGGCCGCAACAAUGUAGGUGUACCAAUGCAGGAAAAUAGCGGAACAGGCCACGAGUGCACUGGACUUAACGAUGGCUCGAAAAACUCCGUGGCGACAACUUACCUUGCAGAUGCCUGGAAUUGGGGAGCUGAGAUAUUCUGCGGAUGUGAGGUCCAAUUUGUAGAGAAGGGAAGUGAAGAAGGCUAUAUCAUUCACUUCUCCUGGCACGGAGAUGGAAGGUCUGUUUUUGCUGAUCAUUUCAAGCAGCAGCUCUUUUGGGUCAAAGCCAGUGAAUUCUGUUUCCUCGGUGCAGGUGCUUUAGGUACAACCGGGAUAUUGCUUCGUUCAAAGAAGCGCGGUUUGCAAAUGUCUCCGCUUGUUGGACGAAAUCUAUCUGGAAAUGGAGAUCUGUUGGUUUUCGGAUACAAUGGCAGCAUCAACAUUAACGGCAUCGCCCGUCAAUCGUCACAUCUCUCGAGUCCACCUGGACCAACAGUCACUGCCGUGAUAGACAAUCGCGAAGUUAAUUCCCUAACCAGUCCCCUAUCUGGAUAUGUUAUCCAAGAUGGUUGCAUUCCGGAGACGUUCAAUCCAGUCAUUCAUCUUAUGCUCGCCUUACAAACUAUAAAGGACCAGGCACUGGAUCUCCUUUGGGACACUCGGAAGGGGAAGGAGAAAUUUAUUGCCUCGCUCAAAUCUCUUCUACUGGGGCCCUAUGCACAUGGUGGAUCUCUUCAACGAACUUCAACACAUCUUGUGAUGUCCCAUGAUAGUAAUGAAAUCACAUUGACUAUGAAGCAUAAUCAGUUAUGCUUGUCAGGGCCAAAAGAAGGUCGAUCUGAGCAUUUCAAGAGAAUGAAGAGUAUUUUCACUGGACUAUUUGCUCGCACAGGAGCAGACAUGGGAUUUUCAUACUUUUAUGUAGGGAGUCAUCAGGAGGAAGUUACAGUGCAUCUACUGGGAGGUGCUAACAUGAGCAGCGAUGGUACAGGACAAGGUGGUGUCACAAAUCAAAUUGGAGAAGUGUUUACAGGCCAUGGUAGUGAGAUAUAUGAGGGUCUCAUAUGCUCCGAUGCGUCCGUUGUUCCAACAAGCCUAGCUGGCCUGUCGAUUGAUCUCGAAACAUCAAACGAUCCUUUAGACACAAACAGCGAGCCCAAAGUAUCCCGAGACUGGCAGAACCGUCAAAGCAAAAACGAAGGAACCUCAACUUCUAUAGGCUGGCAGUUUACGGAGGUCUUGCAUGGAUAUGUUUACAUAGGACCGGAUGUCGAGAAUUUCGAGCUUUCUGAGAGCAUGGGAAAGGGGUCAUCCUGUGCUAUGCAGAUGUUUCUCACGAUAGAAAUAUGCGCACAAGCAGGAUCAAAAUACCAAGGAAUAUGCAUGGGAACAGUUUCCUGCUAUGCGUUGUCUAAAUCUACACUCAAGGUUGCGGAUGGAACGCUGGAAUUUUUUACCCCAGUACCAGAGAAUGCAGAGACAUUGGCCAUGUCUUACCAUCUGAACCUCCUCUCAGUGGAGGGCACGAUAUACCACCUGGAAGGGCGCAAAUUUCUCAACUCAGAGAUGGCAUUCUCAGUUAGAAAGACAUGGGAAGCGACAACGACAGUGAAUGUCAAUAUCACCCGACCAGAUGGAUCAAAUCUUGGAACAGGAGCAGUUCAUAUUUCGCCUCUUGAUUUUCAGCGGCAAAUCAAAACUUUCCGGACCACAAAGCCCUUCAAAGCUGGACUUCUACUUGCGUUGGUGGCCUUUUUGUUCUCCUUUCUGCGGCACAUUAGUCUCUUCUUCUUCCGCCGCUUCGGACCCGUGCGAUAUCCAACGAUCUCGCCUCAAAGCAACAUCGACUCCAAAAAAACCGCAUCUGCCUCGUGUACGAUUAAAGCUUCUGAUGGCGCGUACGUACAACUUGAUAUAUAUGAGCCAGUCCCUGUCUCUGGGGCUGAAGAAAUAGACGGCCACAUGACCCUUCCCCCAAUCCUGCUUUUACCCGGAGUCACUGGAAUCGGCGCGACGCAUAAUGUUUUCGCAUUGCCUUUUUUGCGCUGCAAUAUGAUUGAAUACUUUACCAAGCGUGGCCAUCGUUGCUAUGCACUGACUCCUCGCUGGGGUUGUGAUCUCACUGAGGCUCAACGAUCUACUGUCUUUGACUGUCGUCUGGAUGUGGCUGCUGCAAUUGGAACAAUCCGAGACAGAGAGCCACAGAAACCAUAUGUGGUAGCACAUUGUCAAGGCUCAGUGGCUCUCUGUAUGGGAAUUCUCGACGGUACUAUUGACAGCAGCCAGAUUCUUGGUGUCACUGCCAACUCUGUCUUCAUGAACCAGGUUUUCGGGUACUGGAACUCACUCAAAGGGAGUACCACGUUGCUAAUCCAGCUUUAUGAAAUUCUGGCUGGUGAUUACUUCCCGAUUGCCAGCAGUAUCGGCAGUGUCCUGAUUCAACGACUAAUUGAUAUUCUCCUUCGCUUUUAUCCUGUCGGACACCCGCGAGAUAUCUGCACCUCUACAGCAUGUCGCAGAACUUCUUUUGCGUUUGGUCUACUCUGGAAUCAUGAGAAUUUAGAUCUGAAUCUUCACGAGAAUGUUCACCAAUUCUUUGCAGGAACUCAUACCAAGCUUAUGAAGCAUGUCGUGGAGGAGCGUCUACAACGGCUAGAAGGUCUGCCAAUUCUUUUCAUCUCGGGCACGGACAACCAAGUCUUUGAUCCUGAGUCCACAUUGAAGGACUAUGAGCUUUUACGGCGACGCUUUGGUGAGAAAUUCUAUCGCAGAUUUUUGGCUGAAGGGUAUGGGCAUCUUGAUCCUAUUGUGGAAGGGAUAUCCCAAACGCAGCCCGACUGGAUCCACCCGCAUCUAAUCCAAAGUACCGACUCGAUCAAAGGCCGACAAUUUCGAACCUCCAGUCCCAUCCCCAAAGGCACCUGUCUCCUUGUGGAUCGCCCUUAUGCAAUUAUUCCCGUCGUUGACGAACCAGACAGCGACAAUCUGAUCUGCAACAAUCCCGCUUGUAAUCUUUCGGCUUCUCGCCAUCCAGAUCGGAACUCAUGUCCGAAGGCCUGUCUGCCAGAUGUCAUAUGGUGCAGCAGUACAUGCCAAAGCGCCGACAAAGUCCGGCACGACUUCGAAUGCACCUGGCUCAAACGGUAUGCCGGACCGAUUCGGUCCAAAUGGACUGAAUACGACUUCGGCAUGCUGUGGGUGAUUGUUCGCCUGCUUGCCAUGCGACAUAGCCAAUUAUAUGGUUCGGGUGGUUCUGGCACUGACUUGUCCCAGCGAUCAAAAGAUGACUGCUGGCAAGGCAUUGACUCGCUCUGUGGAUCGUCCGAUACAUGGUCCCAUGACAAAGUCCGGUCGUGGUCCACCCUCGUGAAGAAGUAUUUACAGAGCGGUCCUGUCUUGCCCCAUGGAAUGAAAGCAGAUCGUGUUCUGCAUCUCAUAUGCCAAGAGGAAGCAAACUCCUUUGGCCUCUACCCGCGUGAAACGGGCCAUUUCCCUAUCCCAAGUUCUCCAAUUGACCGCGGGGAACAAUUCGCCGCAGCAGUUUAUCCUACCGCAGCAAUCGCCAAUCAUUCAUGUUUGCCGAACAUCAUUCAUAAAGCCGACGAGAAGGGCCGCAUGGUCUUCACCGCGGCUCGCGAUAUCUUCGCCGGCGAGGAAUGCUGUAUUUCGUACUUCGACUUGACACAAUAUACAGAUCUCGACUCCCGCCGCGAGCAUCUCCGAAAAUCGUUCCGUUUUGUGUGUCAGUGUGAACGAUGUGUUUCAGAAGAGCCCGUGGAAGAGCCGACUGAAUGGGCUGCCAUGCCGAUGAUGGAAAUAUUUUGA